AUGGAUCAUCGGUACGGGAGUAAUUGCAACGUCAUAGUUUGGAAGUAGUUUAGAAGGAAGAGUUGUAGCGGGCUAGAAUAUUCAGUUUACCUUGCAUUUCUACUCAAAAUGUUGCAAUAAAUUGACGGGUGUGUGAUCAAAAUUGGAAAAUACGUUUAAAAUGGCAAUGAUAGAAUACUUAAUUCGGAGACAGUGACAAACGGUUUUUGAAAAAAGUAAUAAUGGUUAGACUUUAAAUUUUAAGUUCUAGUUUUAUACAAUCCGUUUUUAAGUUGAGUUAUUUGGAUAUUUGUUGGCAUAUAAAUAAGCUCCUCAAUUGUACAGCUCACUUGAACAUAUCAUCGUGAUCUUCAUAGUGACGCAGGAUCUCGCAGUGUUCUCUGGCCAUGCAUUACGUCGGACGACUGCAGUAAGGUACCUCAAGCCCGGUGCUCUAUUUACGGUUUUUGCCAGUGUCCGGCGGGUUAUGUGUUUUCCACCGACGUCACACGUUGCCUACCGGAGUCGCUGUAUGGGGUAGCGUGUCAAGAAGCGGUACAGUGUUCUCAUAUGCUUACCGGUGCCAAAUGCGAGGCCGGUUUGUGUACCUGUGAUACCAAUUACACCUACGUCCGCGGACGAUGCCGCCAGCUAGCAAAUCUUCACGAACAGUGUAGUGAGGAUAUCGACUGUUUCUUCAGCUACAACCGAGAGGCCGUGGUCUGUCUGGAUCGAACCUGCCAGUGUGCACCGGGAUUCUACGAAAGAAGUACCAACGUUUGUCGACGCCAAGUUAAUCUUGGCGAGGAAUGUCUAGUGAAUCAGGACUGUAUCGGCGAUACGUUAGAAUGCCAAAACGAUAAAUGUGUAGAUGUCACAAAUGCAAAAACGUUUAGGGAUGUCGCUGUUCAAGCUAGAUCACUGGAAGAAGUGGAGACGAAAGACAGUACUUGGAUUGAUCCUGAACAGCAGACUAUUCAACGAAGUAACUGCAAUAAUGAGAUUGGAAAUGAUGUACGCAAAGAAAGCAGUUCUAGUGGUACAAGUGCGAAACGAUGCGAUACGACAGCAGUGUAUGGAGAUUCGUGCACCGACGAAAUGCAGGAAUGCCCUGGCUUGCCAUAUUCGGUGUGUAAAAUGGGUCAAUGCCAUUGUCGAGAGGGAUUCUACAGCGUGCAGGGAACUUGCAAGGCAGAACUGGGCGAGUUUGUUAGUUCCCCUGAAGAUUGUGGAGGAGGCAUUUUGUCUUCGCAAAGUAGAUGCGCUUGCAAAAACAAUCAGUUUUAUAACUAUAACAUGAGGACCUGUUUAAAAGGUGCUCUCGGCAUCAACACGUCUUGCACUGCUAGCAGCCAGUGUUCGCCUUAUGGAGAAGCUUAUUGCCCGAAAGUGUCGCCCAAGAGAUGCAAUUGUUAUCCGUACGCUGUGUAUGACGCCCAAAGACAGAUGUGUGUCCACAAGAAAGGUUACGAGGAAUACUGCGAGGAAGACAAACACUGCUCGUUGGCAAAUGCACGCUGCAGUGAGGUUAACACAUGCGUUUGUAAGACAAACUUCAUUCAUGUUAACGAAAGUUGUAAAGCCGCGAAGAAUGGAGCAUGUGACACCGCAGACGAAUGUGGUUUUGAUAAGGCACAAUGUGAGUAUGAUGAGCAAACUCAAACGAAGAAGUGUGACUGUGUGAAAGGGCACAUCUAUCUGGAAAAUACGUGCCUAAAGGAAGCCGAAACGUAUGAAGAGGAAUGCGUAGCGAACGAACAGUGUCAGCCGUUGCUCGGGAAGCUAGCAAAAUGUAAAGACAGCAAAUGUCAGUGUGACGAAAGCGAUACACAUUACAAAGACGGACAGUGUCACGUGAAGAAGAAUCUGAGUGAACGAUGCGACCGAUCUAGUGAGUGUUUCGUUGAUGACAAAGCCGAUAAUGUGGAGUGUCGCAACUCAUCGUGCCAGUGCAACUUCGGUUUCACUCCGGAUGUCGAACAACAGCGCUGUGUCAAAUCUGUCAAGGGAAGAAAUGCAUCCGGGCGACCCAGUGCGUUGAAAGUAACAACGCUUCUGCUGAUAAGUGCAGCUGUGGUAAUUACGGGAUCAGCUUUACGAGAUGCCUAUUACGCCUAGUAACCAGUCCAUAAGCUAUUUGACCAAAUUUGGAUGAAUGAUUCCUGCAUCCUCCGAGGGCCCAGUCAGACUUACGUAAUUAUUCGAGAAUAGGAGUCGAUUCAUAAUAUAGUAAUACAAUGACAGACGAGGUUAAUUAUAACUAUUAUAAACUAAUUACGCUGCAUCAUGUAAAGGACUCGUGUAAUGUAUGACGAAAGCGGCAUAUUUCUCUGCACAUGUAGAUAACAAUUAUGAUAGUUUUGUUAAGAAGCAACGGUUAUGAUAUUAUGCAACAAAAUGUAAAGCGUUUUGAAAAUAUAAGCAAUAAUUUAAA